AUGGGUUCUGGAAAUGGAUUCCUGGAAAAUGAUUCGCACGAUUCCUGUUCCGGCAGAGGGAAAAUUGCAUGGCCAUUGGCAUUUACAGCAAAUGGUGGUGUUCAUUUUACGACACACGGAAAUUGGCAACACAGAAAGUUGGAGUUGUACGAUCCUAAAUCGGAUCAAGUUACGGAUACUGGAAUAAAACUUGGUAACUAUGCCGGAACCAGGAGGAGGAUCUAUGGUUACAGUGUGUGUUUGUCGAUGCUUUGCUCUCCCUCUGUUGGCAAAUCUUCCCGUUCAAUUAUCUAG